UUGAAGCCGCAAAGGAACACGGUGUACUCGAAGUUCACGAUAGUUGAAAGGACGGGGUCAGAAGGAGGCGGUGGAGUUGGUGGCGACGUUGGUGCAGACGGCGACAUUGCGUCUUCAACAGCGACGGAGCGUCCGGACGGCCGCGCAGCCCUAGCCGUCACUUCGGGCACCACCACUAAAGCACCUUCCGACGGGGAUCAACUGCUCCUCACUACCCAUAAGCGUAUGGCUGCUCGCGAACGUGUCUUCGGUGGACUAGCACUAUUCUUCUUCCUAUUAUCUCUGUUGUUAUUCAUCGGUUUACUAUACCUCUAUCUCAGCAAUGAAAACGAGGAUAUCUGUAUGACACCUGGCUGUAUACGAACAGGUUAG